AUGAAACGCCCUGUGGAAAUGUGGUCAUUUCUCUCCAAGCGGCGGAGAAAGGUCGACGACUUUUAUAUUCUCCCCAUAAAUCCUAUCAGAAUGGAAAAGGAGCACUCCGUCUCCGCCGUGCCUCCCUCCUCCCGCCUCUGUAUCCACGUCAGCAUAAGUGACGUAUUUUGGGACCACCGCCUAGACUUGUACGCCGCCCCCUCCGACACUAUCAAAUCCAUCCACCACAAGAUCCACCUCAUCACUGGAAUUCCAGUUACCGAGCGGAGGCUUUUCUACCGCGGGGUACAGCUGCAUUGGGAGCAGACUUUAGAUGAAUUUGGAGUGCACGACUACGUAUUCUUCUAUCUCAUUGGCCGUAUGCGCAGCACCAAAUACCCGAGGUCCUGUGAGCUCAUCAACGAGGCCGUUUCGUUUAUUUUCAUUAUGUGCAAGGAAAAUCCUCCGAUCAAAGUUCACACUACACCCAAGUUAAUGCUCCAGGAGUUCUUGUCGAUGAUUCCACGGGCGGACAUUGAACAAGCGUGUGGGCAUUUGAAGAUGUUCAGUGCUUCCUCGGCCCCAACAGCCCUAGUCAUGCUCUACAUGUCGCCUUUUAGAACGGAUAAGAGUGCGGCUGAUGAGGCCAUAAGAUAUUUCCUCACCUCGAUUAAGAGCAUCCUGCCUAAGCAUAUGCAUCAUGAGUGUGUGCCUAUAAUUUUUGAAUUCUGCAAAUUGUUGAAGGAGGCAGCUGGAGUUGAUGAUCCAUUGUAUCGUUUAUGCCGAAGUAGUUUAGGGUUAAUGAUGGAGUAUACUGAGGUUGGAAAGAAGGCUAAAAUUGAGAUUCCAGAUAUAUUUCCAUUUGUUGAGGAGUUAGCAGCUAAACUCUCUCAUGAUUUGGUCGUAAGCAUGGAGUCGGCACAUUUUCGUGGGAUUACAUUGAUUGAUAUAAGUGAUUUCUCUUCAUUUGUGGCACCACUGGUGAAGGAGAUUAAGGGAUGUGAUCCUAUUGUUGUUCCCUUGACUGAGGACCUUCGUGGCGUAUCUCAUGUUUACAGAGAUGAGCUUAGAAUUUUGUAUGGGAUUUUCCAUGAUUUAUUAAGUAUAUUAGAGUCGUGUUUGGGGAAACUUGAGGACCGUAUUGGCGGUGAUUUGGAACAGGAUAAGGAUAACCUUUGUAUUGGAUUUUCUUACUACCUUGAAUUUAUGAAGGAACUUAAUAGUAUCUCAAAGAUUUACAAUGGUUGUGAAGCUUUAUUUUGGGAAGCCAUGAAGAAAAGAAAAGGAGCUUUCUGUAAACUUGUUGUCAAGUGUGCAAAGAGGGGUGAGGACCAUAGUUGGAUUUUUGACUGUAAGGAAGUGACCAACUUUGAGGCAAGGGCACAUUUAGCAAUGAUGAUGUUUCUCAGGGUGAAGGAUGAAAAUGACAUUUUUGAUCAAGUUGACCGUGACGAUGAGGAACAACAUGAGAUGCUUAUUGACCGCUCACAUUUGUUGACUGAAUCAUCAGAGUAUAUGAAGCAUGCAGAUAUUGCUUCCUUACGUGCUGGUUUAUUUAUUCAGUUUAAGAAUGAGGAAGCCACUGGCCCUGGUGUUUUAAGGGAGUGGCUUUUCUUAGUAUGCCAAGAAAUCUUCAACCCUCAAAGUGCCCUCUUUGUAGCUUCCUCUAAUGAUCGCAGAAGGUUCUAUCCAAAUCCGGCAUCUAAAGUGGAUCCAAUGCACCUCGAGUAUUUUGGCUUCACUGGAAAGGUGAUUGCCUUGGCCUUGAUGCAUAAUAUACAAGUUGGUGUUUUAUUUGAUCGUCUAUUCUUUAUGCAAUUGGCUGGGCGUAGAAUUGCCUUAGAAGAUAUAAGAGAUGCAGAUCCCUUGUUAUAUAACAGUUGCAAGCAAAUCUUAGAGAUGGGCCCUGAGGCUAUUGAUCAAGAUGUCUUAGGUCUAACAUUUGUUCAUGAAGUUGUGGAGUUGGGAACAAGGAAGACCGUUGAUCUUUGCACUAAUGGAAAAAGUAUUGCUGUAAAUAGUGAAAAUAGGAGGAAAUAUGUUGAUUCUCUUAUACAACAUCGGUUUGUAGUAUCUAUUGCUGAACAGGUAGAGCGUUUUGCUAAAGGUUUUGUUGACAUUAUGGGUUGUCGUCUACAAAAAUCAUUCUUCAAAUGCUUGGAACCAGAAGAUCUGGACUGGAUGCUUCAUGGCAGUGAAAGUGCAAUCUCUGUAGAUGAUUGGAAAUCACACACAAAGUAUGAUGGCUUUAAUGAAACAGAUGAUCAGAUAUCUUGGUUUUGGAAGAUUGUUGGAGAUAUGACCGCGGAGCAAAAAAAGAUUUUACUCUUCUUUUGGACCUCGAUUAAAUACUUACCAAUUGAAGGUUUCAGUGGUUUAGCUUCUCAGCUAUGCAUCUCCAAGUCUUCUGAAUCCUGUGCAAGGCUUCCUUCGUCUCAUACAUGCUUUUACCGGUUGAGUUUCCCAGCGUACUCUACCAUUGAUUUGUUGCACGAUUAUCUUAGCAUUAUCACUCAGGAGCAUGUAGGGUGUAGCUUUGGGAUAGGGUGA